AGCACAGAGAAGAAAAUAAAAUGGCCAGAACCAAGCAGACCGCUCGUAAAUCCACCGGAGGAAAAGCCCCCAGGAAGCAGCUGGCCACCAAGGCUGCCCGUAAGAGCGCCCCGGCCACCGGCGGAGUGAAGAAGCCUCACCGUUACAGGCCCGGUACCGUGGCUCUGAGAGAGAUCCGUCGCUACCAGAAAUCCACCGAGCUGCUGAUCCGCAAGCUGCCCUUCCAGCGCCUGGUCCGAGAAAUCGCUCAGGACUUCAAGACCGACCUGCGCUUCCAGAGCUCCGCCGUCAUGGCUCUGCAGGAGGCCAGCGAGGCUUACCUGGUCGGCCUGUUCGAGGACACCAACCUGUGCGCCAUCCACGCCAAGAGGGUCACCAUCAUGCCAAAAGACAUCCAGCUGGCCCGCCGUAUCCGCGGAGAGAGGGCUUAAACUCACCACAGACCAACCUACAAUCACACA